CAGGGCUUCCAAGGGCUACAACAGGGCAUGACCGGCAUGCAGCCGAGCGUGCCUAGCUUCAUGGGUCAAGCCACCAUAGGAGCGCCUCCUGGUAACAUGUCUAUCGGCGUCAAUCUCGGCAUGGGCAUGCCGCAGCAACAGCAACCGCAGUUCGGCAACCUUUUGGGGCAACAGCAGGCCAACUCCAACCUGCUGGGCGGUCAGCGGUCCAGCCUGCUCGGUGGGCAACAGUCCGGCCUGCUCGGUCAGCCGUCCAACUUGCUGGCCACUCUGCAGGCUCAGCAGCAGAACCGCAUGCUGGGACAGCAGGGCUCGGGCCAGCUUCUGGGCAUGGGUCAGUUGGGCGGUGCCAACCAAAUGGGAAUGGGAAUGAACUCGCUCACCGGGUCGGUGUCCUCCAACCCGCAGAUGGGACUGCUCAGCGCCAACCUCAUGACCAGCAGCCCACAACUUGGACAGCAGAGGUCGCAGUGCACCUUAAACGCCAUCAUGCCGGCAUCGUCCCAGGCGUCGAAGCCCAUGCUUCAGGCCAUGGAGACCCUCCAGGGCGGAUCGCCGGGCAUUCAGGGCAUCUCGGGUCCUCCUGCGCUCUCCGGCACGCCGGCGCCCAUUGUCAUGUCGCAGCCCAUCACGAGCGCCGGUCUGGCGCCGCAAAUGCAGCACCUCCUCCUCAAGGGCCUGCCCGGUUACACCUCCACCCUGGUCCUCAUCCUGGUGCCUCAAGAGUAGCGAAGCCGUCCGCC